AGACAGUCUAUAUAAAAUGAAAAGCAAUGUUAAGUACAGUAGUAUGGUACAAGAUCAGUGUCUUAUUACGACAGGAUUUGUAAUACCAAAACAUGGGAAUGCUUUACACCUUUUGCUUGCUGGUGAUUUUGAGUCUUUGUGAAGCUUCAACCAAAAAGGGAGUUGCAAUAAAUGGCGGACACAGUUACCAUUGUGGCGACGAAGAUGCCCUUACAAAUAUCCACUGGUGGUAUGACUGGCAUGAGUCUCCGUGGCAACACAGUACAAAACACUGUUCGUCAAGUGUAAAAUCAGGAUAUGUGCCAAUGGUUUGGGCAUGGCGACAUAACAUUGAUGAACCAGUCCAUUUACAACACAACACCCACUAUGUACUGGGGUUCAAUGAACCAAAUUUUCGGCAACAAGCAAAUAUGUCACCCCAAGAUGCAGCAACUCACUGGAAAUCAUUGGAAUCAAUUGCUCACGGGAGAAAGUUGGUAAGCCCUGCCGUUGCCCCGGGUGGUUACCUAGAUCCAGUGGUAUGGUUAGAGCAAUUUUUUUCACAUUGUCAUGGCUGUCAAGUUGAUUACAUAGCCACUCAUGCCUAUUGGUGUAAUGCAGACAUUACCAUGAAUUUCUUAAAGAAAUUAUGGGAUAGAUUCCACAAACCAAUAUGGCUUACCGAAUUUGCAUGUCCGCAGAAAAAUUCUGUCAACGAUCAACUGAAUUACAUGAAGGCUAUUUUACCCAGACUGGAAUCUGCUUCAUAUGUGUACCGUUACUCUUGGUUCGUCAGCAGAACACAUGGAGAUGGUUGGGUUUUCCCAGCAGCCAGCCUUCUUGAGGAGAGUGGACCCCAUCUUUCAACUCUCGGCCAUUAUUACAACAACUUUUAAAAUUGACUGAAGAAAACAUAAAAGGUGUUAAUUAA